GAGUGAAACUAGUACUAGAGGGUACUAGUUUCUUAGGAUCUUGACAACACCAAAACUGUCUGAAAGUGUAAAUGAAAAUAAAGAGAAGUACAACCUCAAAAAUGCACAGAGAAGAUGGACAAACCACUGAUGUCUACGAAAAUGAUGGCGUUAUAAAAGGUAAAAUUGGAAAAGAGAUCACAAACGCAAUGCAAGAAAGUGAUUUUGUGAAGAUCAGAAGCUCCAGAGCAGCUCCAGUGUGUUUGGUGCUGCUGUGUGUUCUUCUGCUAUCUGCAGCCGCAGUGCUGGCUGUCAUGUUUACGUUAUGUCAUGCUCAAGAGAGACAACUAACCAACAAUACCAACCUCACAGAAGAGAGAAUCCAGCUACAAAUCAGCAAUACCAACCUCACAAUAGAGAGAGACCAGCUACAAACCAGGAAUACCAACCUCACAAAAGAGAAAGACCAGCUACAAAUCAGGAAUACCAACCUCACAAGUGAGAGAGACCAACUACAAACCAGGAAUACUGACCUCACAAGAGAAAGAGACCAGCUACAACUCAGGAAUACCGACCUAACGAGAGAGAGAGACCAGCUACAAAUCAAGAAUACCGACCUCACAAGAGUGAGAGACCAGCUGCAAAUCAGGAAUACCGACCUAACAAGAGAGAGAGACCAGCUUCAAAUCAGGAACAUUGAACUGACAAAUGAGAGAGAUAGGUUAUCAUCAAAUAACCUUGUACUGGUUAAUCAAAGAGACCAGUUAAAUAAGGAGAAAAACGAACUGUUAAAAAGUCUUAGUGAAAAGGAUGGAUGGACUUACUAUAAAUCCAAUCUUUAUUUGCUUUCCUCUGAGAUGAUGAGCUGGACUGAAAGCAGAAGAUAUUGUGCAGAGAGAGGAGCAGAUCUGAUCAUCAUAAACAACAGAGAAGAACAAAAUUUUGUUAUUUGGAAAAUGUCUGCUGGUGUUAGAGUCUGGAUUGGUCUGAAUGACAUUGAUGUGGAGAACAUGUGGAAAUGGGUUGAUGGCAGCACACUGACCUCUUCGUUCUGGGCGAGUGAUGAGCCUACUGGACAAAGAAGAGAGAACUGUGCUCUAACUCAUGGAUCAGGAUGGGCUGAUUAUCCAUGCAAUGAUUAUUUUCAAUGUAUCUGUGAGAAGAGAAUUUUAAAUUAAGUCACUGAACUGCAGGUUUAUGUAAAA